UUUCUACACGUUAUUUUUCCUUUCCUCUUCACCGGUCUCUUUACAAUAUAAGUUUGGUGAGAUUUUUCUCGCCCGGUUCUCGCUCUCUCGUUCUACGGUUUCUCUGGUGCGUAACUCUUCUUGGAACUCCGCUUCUCUCGGUAAUGGAGUAGCGAAAUCUCUCGUAAUCUCCGCCUCCUGAGUUUUUUUUUUUCUUGGCGAAGACCGGUCGGCUCUUGCACUAACCUUCUCCUCUGCAAUCUCUUUGAAUUCUUCAAGAGUUUCGGUUCAAUCGUCACGUUUCCUGCAAACUAUUAUCGUUAUCGGGUCCGAAUCCGGUUUGGGUUUUUGAGACUCACGUAGGUGAUUUUGGAUCUACAAAUUCGUCGACAAAACUUUCUUCUGUGAGUAACAUUUGCGAUUCGCUGGGAAUUUCGAAGGUUUUGAAGGUCGAAGUAAGGUGAGACGCCAUGGAUCGUUUUAGUAUCUGUAUACUCUCUCCAGGAAUCAUUUGUUGCGUAUUUUUCACCUGCAAGUCUGAAGCAGAAGCGUCAAUUGAAUCCGUGACUUAAAAAAAAAGAAGCAGCAGAUGCAAGAGACUCUUAAAGAUUCAGGCUUUAUUGUGCUUAUCUUUGGGUUGACAUUACAAACACUGCAAGCCGAGAUGUUGAGCUCUAUGAAUUGCAUUGUUGUAAAUGCUGUUAAAGAGAACAGUUCCGAUUGAAAGAUCUGUACAGUUUACAUUCAACUCUGAUGAAGAACGGACAGAGCAAACAAGAGAUACAAUCUUCUACUCAAGCUUCACAUGAGUCCCAAGGUGAUCAGCAAAACAAUCAAUCAGCAGAAGCUCCUAUCCAAGAUUCAGGUUCUGUAUCUGCUUCUAGCAAUGAUGGUAGGAAAGUCUCAAGGCAAGAUAUUGAACUUGUCCAAAAUCUAAUAGAAAGAUGCCUGCAGCUGUACAUGAACAGAGACGAGGUCGUGAAGACCCUCUUGACUCGUGCAAGGAUAGACCCUGGAUUUACAACAUUGGUAUGGCAGAAAUUGGAAGAAGAAAAUGCAGAUUUUUUCAGGGCCUACUAUAUCAGAUUGAAACUGAAGAAGCAAAUCAUUUUAUUCAACCAUUUGCUUGAGCACCAGUAUCAUCUCAUGAAAUAUCCUGUGCCUCCAAAAAUUCCUUUGGCUCCGAUACAGAAUGGAAUUCACCCCAUGUCUGUUAAUAACAUGCCGAUGGGAUACCCUGUGCUACAACAUCCUCCAAUGCCGGUGCCAGGUCAGCCCCAUCUCGAUCCAAUGGGCUGUGGGAUAUCAAGCUGCCAUGUGGUCAAUGGGGUCCCUGCACCUGGGAAUUUCCAUUCAAUGAGGAUGAACUCUGGGAAUGAUAUGGUAAUAGAUACAACUACUGCAGCUGAUGCAGCUCCAGUGAUUCCGCCGAGCAAUGGCAUGUCAUCCAUGUCGGAGAUGGCAGUGAGUCCGACUUCCGUGACAUCAAGCGGACACUUCCCGUUUGCUGCUUCAGACAUGUCGGGCAUGGCAAUGGACACGUCAGCUCUUGAUUCUGCAUUCCCAUCCAAUGUUGCAACGUCGAUGGGCUUACAACUCGGACCAGAUGGAGGAGCUGGGAAUUCUAGAGAUUCCCUCAGGUCAUUUGACCAGAUCCAAUGGAACUUCAGCCUUUCUGACCUCACUGCAGAUUUGUCAAACCUUGGAGAUUUAGGAGCUUUAGGAAACUAUCCCGGCUCUCCAUUUCUUCCUUCCGAUUCAGAAAUUUUGCUUGAUUCUCCCGAGCAAGAGGACAUUGUGGAGGAGUUCUUCGUGGAUUCCGUUCCCGGACCUCAGUGUUCUCCAUCAGACGAAGACAAAUCUUAGCAAAAGGUAGCAUCCGAAUUCUCUCUCCGGAUUAAAAACACCGCCAUGGAAACAAAUAAAUCGGAGCUUUUGAUUCUCCAGUUUUUUUACGAGUUAGGGAUGAAGCAGUAGCAGCAGUAGUAAUAGUAGUCUCUGUACCAUUAGCAUAAAAACAUUAUAAGUUAUUAUCAUUGUUUUUUUUUUAUUCGGGCUUAUGAUAAGAGACCGACCACGUAGACUAAUUGUUAGCUUCUUGAUUUCAAUGUAGUAGUAACGACUCUAUUUUGGGUAUGAUGUAGCAUGUACACCAUGAUGCCAUGUCAUGCUUCCUCCUUUAUCUAGUAAUAUCACUUGUAAGUUAA